CGCCGACAGAUGUUCGAAGAUACUUUACAAACACCUCCCUGCAAAGCUGGAUUGCCAGCACGUCUGAGUUUUUGUGGGUCUCUUCUUCGUCCGCCUUUUCAGCCCUUUCAUGGUCCCACCGGAUGCUCUCCAUGAUUCUUGCAGAUUGCACAUGGACAGGUUACACGCUCUGAGAGAAUCAUGAGUUUGAUGUGGUUAGACUGGUCAUUUCGUGCCAGAUCCCGCUCGUUUCUAUUGAAUGCAUGAAUUACAGUGGUCUUAUGUUGGUAGCCUCUUGGUGACGCUGUCGGAGGAGGCUCCACUGAAUUGGGGCGCGCCGUUCACAGAGAUUUCAAUUUGUGGGGGGACUCCUGUGUUCAUUAAUUCAAUAAUAGCUGGCUGGUUUUGUGUACGUUCAAAUUCGACGUCAAAAUCAGGGUGGUAGAUGUUUAAGCUAUGCGGGGUCGGUCCCACUCGUGAUUGGACUACGGAAGUAAUGCGACUCGGGUCAUAGCCUGCAGUGUCACUUGGAAUGAGUCUUCUUUUCUGGAGAUGGGUGUCUGCUUGAGUGUCUGCUUGUCAGCAAUUUCAGGAAUUCGUACUCGAGAUAGUAAUGCUUUCGGAGACUUGCAAAACGGCGACGAGUUUGGGAUUUGGUGUUUCUCUUUUUGCCGUCCACAACGUCAGCUCGUCGUUACUGAUGACAUCAAUUUGUAGCUGGUGUCUUCGAUUGGACGAGAUUGUAGAACAACGGCUGUUUAUUUUAUCAGUUUUAAGCGAUUGCGGUCGAUUAGGUUACGUCCCGUUGCUCUUGUAAGUUGGCAGUCUGUACCCAACACUUUGAGUACCUCUUUCAGUGCCAGAGGACCUGGUUGCUUUCGGAGCAAGGGUAAUUGGCUUGUCUUGCCCAUCCUCUUCGUCUCGAUCCAAAUUCUUGGGAGCAAGGUGUCAGAUGUCAACGCUGAAAAAACUGAUGCUAGUUUCGAAGAAAAGCCUCUCAUGCUUUAUCCCGAAUCGCAUGGCUGAUACGACCCAUUUCUCAUCUGGUGAUCCAGAAGAGCUUGACGAUGAGCACAAACCUAAUGGCGUCGAAACUGUGCACAACGUAGCCAAAGAGGAAAAAGUGUUGGAAUCAAAGCAUGAGGUUAGUGUCAAUGCAUCCCAGCCACCAGAGAGUUUGGGGAGACAGAUGGUCAGCUGUGCUCCAAACCCCUCAAAGUGCAACGAACCGUCGAAACCUGUCGAAGAGGAAGAAAUCUUGGAGAUUAAAACGCCCGGGUUUGUGCGUUUGUUUGGACGCGACACCUGUGAGUACAGCAACCAUGGGAGCAGACAUGAAGCUCACAAUACUUCCUCCGAUGGCAGUGAAGAUGAUUCUUCUCCAUCCUCAGCACAUCAGCCACCUCAUUUGCCCCCGACUGUACACCUCAGGGUGCCCAUGAAAGAUGAGCAUGAUGUCCAUGAAGUCGUAGCUGCACUCAAGAUUAAAGGGGUAAGCGACAUCGCGUGUGACCUUGCCAAUCAGAUUGUGAAGGUAACUGGGACCGCCGACCCAGACCGUCUCCUGAAGAAGGUGAAGAAAGUAAAGCCCAAAUCGAAGAUCAUUUCUUACAGCAACCCUCUUGAGAUUCCUCCCACUCCUGAGAGCUUUAGUUCUUCACCUCCACCUUCGUACGCGUACCACCGGCCUACUAUUUUCGAAGCACAUAUCAAACCUCCUCCCCGUUCUCACGUCUUCACCAGGGACUCUUACGGCCCUUACGGUCCACCUCUUCAUUCUCAAUUUCGACCCAAUUCACGCCCUCCUGCUGAUCCGAUGUACUACGAAGACGAGUCUUCCUACCCGCCGAAUGUGAGGCCUCACCCUCCUCCACCACCACCUCCGCCCGUCUUCUAUGGCGAUGAUUCCUUCUACCCUGAUUAUGUGCCUUCCAAUCUCUCCAGUUCACCCCAUUCACGACGCUCCACCAGUCCUCCACGCCGCAGAUCCUACUUCCACGAGCGGAACUCUCCCAACUUUGGACCUCCUCCCAUGAAUCACCCGGGCGGUCCUGCAUAUCGCCAUGGCAGCAAUCCGUGGAGCCACGGAGUCUCGUACUGGAUGGACAACCGGCCGCCGAUACCUGUGCGGAUGCAACGCAUGUAUUAUUGAGCCUGCAUCGAAGUGAAUUUGCUGGCGUUGAAACCACUUCCGGAAAGAUGAAUAGAUCUGUUGCGCAUCCGUUUCACCACCGAAUAGAUCGGUCAGCUUGCAGGGAAGCGGGGGAGAUUUUCUGCGGCUGUCGUCGGCAAUCAUCGAUUAUCUGUUCGUAUUUUCGAUCUUGAACUGUCUGCAACAUGGUAUCCUUCGCAAAAUUCUGGAAUUUGCUGUACCUUUUCUCGCGAAUCUCUUCAUCAAAAUGCCGUGCAUGAUGAUUCUGUAGUCGGUGGCAAGAACUGCUCGUCGAAGCUUGCGGGCAUCUCGUCGUAUCCUUUAUCUCAGGUUUUUUGCGUUACGGAUGAAGGCCAUUUGAGUGUAGAAUGGCUUCGAGCGGAGAAAACAUAUAGAAAACCGAUUAAUUGACAAGUUCAUUGGCGAGGACUUUUACUUGACGUGCAAAUUAUGAAAGAUAUUGUUUUAUUUA